AUCGGUUCCUAUCCAAAAUGAAAAUUGCGGUUCUAUAAAAGUAUCAUACAAGAGCUCAUUAAUCUUCAUCGAUCAAAAGUCUUUUAAGUUCCAUCAAAAGAACAAAGUUUUCUAUAUAUAUCUAAGAAAAGAGUUACAAGUUUAUUUUUAGAAAGAAAGAAAAUGGAUUCUUACCAGAACCAAUCCGGAGUGCCAAAGAAGGGACUGACUGAGAAAAUCAUGGAGAAGCUCCCAGGUCAUCAUGCACCUCAUCACACUGGAGGAGCCAACACUGCUUAUGGUGCUACUAGCGCUGGCGGUGUUCACGGCCACGAGAAGCAAGGUAUGACGGAGAAGAUUAUAGAUCAGGUGACGCCAGGCCAUCAUGGAACUCAUCAGACUGGUCACGGUGGCGGUGUUCACGGCCACGAGAAGCAAGGUAUGACGGAGAAGAUUAUGGAGCAGGUUGCGCCAGGCCAUCAUGGAACUCAUCAGACUGGUUACGGUGCUACUAACACUGGUGGUAUUCACCACGAGAGGAAAGGUAUGACGGAGAAGGUUAUGGAUCAGGUGACGCCAGGCCAUCAUGGUGGAUCACACCAGACUGGAACCCACACGGGUUAUGGUAACACUGGCGGUGUUCACCACGAGAAGCAAGGGAUGACGGAGAAGAUCAUGGAGAAACUUCCAGGUCAUCAGGGGUCUCACCAAACUGGUACUCACACGGGUCAUGGUGCUACACACACUGGUGUAGUUCACCACGAGAAAAAAGGCAUGGCUGAAAAAAUUAUGGAGAAGUUGCCUGGUCAUCAUGGAACCCAUCAAACUGGAACCACUACGAGUUAUGGUAAUACUGGAGUUGUUCACCACGAGAAAAAGAGUACGAUGGAUAAGAUCAAAGAGAAGCUUCCUGGUAGUCACUAACUAGAAUCUCUUUUUAACAAGUUGUUUAAUUUCAGAAUAAUUAAGUAUCUGUAUUGUAUUGUUUUUAUGAGAUGAUGGUUUUAAAUAAAGCGCGUUUAUGCGUGUAUGUAAGUGAUUCGGUCGUUGAUUUAAUAUGAAGUUUCCACAUUUGAUUUCGUUUAUA